AUAAUGUUCACUUUAAAUUAUUAAAAAUGUCUGGACAAAAAAGCAGUAAAAUGCAAAAUGAAAUUGAUAUUUUUUAUGAAAAUAUAAUUAAUAGUGAAAAAAAUGAAAUAAAAUUAUUUCAGCAGUAUCAAAAAUUGGCAGAAAAUGGAGAUAAAAAAGCACAAAAUAAUUUAGGUGUUUGUUAUGAAAAAGGAAUUGGUAUUGAAAAAGAUGAAGCUAAAGCUUUUUGUUGGUAUCAAAAAGCAGCAGAAAAUGGAAAUAAAAAAGCACAAUUUAGUUUAGGUGCCUUUUAUUCUAAUGGAAUUGGUAUUGAAAAAGAUGAAGCUAAAGCCUUUCAUUGGUAUAAAAAAGCAGCAGAAAAUGGGGAUAAACAAGCACAAUUUAAUUUAGGUGUUUUUUAUUCUAAUGGAAUUGGUAUUGAUAAAGAUGAGGCUAAAGCCUUUUGUUGGUAUCAAAAAGCAGCAGAAAAUGGAGUUAAAAAUGCACAAUUUAAUUUAGGUAUUUAUUAUGAAGAAGGAAUUGGUAUUGAAAAAGAUGAGACCAAAGCUUUUUAUUGGUAUCAAAAAGUAGCAGAAAAUGAAGCUAAAGAGGCUCAAUUUAAAUUAGGUAUUUGUUAUAAUUAUGGAACUGGUAUUGAAAAAGAUGAAGUUAAAGCCUUUCAUUGGUAUCAAAAAGCAGCAGAAAAUGGAGUUAAACAAGCACAAUUUAAUUUAGGUGUUUUAUAUUCUAAUGGAAUUGGUAUUGAAAAAGAUGAAACUAAUGCCUUUUAUUGGUAUCAAAAAGCAGCAGAAAAUGGAGUUAAAGAAGCACAAUUUAAUUUAGUUAUACAGGCACAAUUUAAUUUAGGUGUUUAUUAUGAAGAAGGAAUUGGUAUUGAAAAAGAUGAAACUAAAGCCUUUUAUUGGUAUCAAAAAGUAGCAGAAUAUGGAACUAAAGAGGCUCAGUUUAAAAUAGCUAAUUAUUACAAUUAUGGAAUUGGUAUUGAAAAAGAUGGCGCUAAAGCCUUUUAUUGGUAUCAAAAAGCAGCAAUAAAUGGAGUUAAAGAAGCACAAUUUAACUUAGGUAUUUGUUAUGAAAAAGGAAUUGGUAUUGAAAGGGAUGAAGUUGAGGCUUUUUAUUGGUAUCAAAUAGCAGCGAAAAAUGAAAAUAAAGAUGCACAAUUUAAAUUAGGUUUAUAUUAUGAAGGAGGAAUCGGUACUGAAAAAGAUAAAGCUAAAGCCUUUUAUUGGUAUGAAAAAGCAGCUAAACAAGAAUUUAGUAAAGCACAAUUUAAUUUAGGUAUUUGUUAUGAAGAAGGAAUUGGUAUUAAAAAGGAUGAAGCAAUAGCCUUUUAUUGGUAUCAGAAAGCAGCAGAAAAUGGGGUUGAAGAAGCACAAUUUAAUUUAGGUGUUUUUUAUUGUAAUGGAAUUGGUAUUGAAAAAGAUGAAGUUAAAGCCUUUUAUUGGUAUCAGAAGGCAGCAGAAAAUGGAGUUAAAGAAGCACAAUUUAAUUUGGGAAAUUGUUAUUAUAAUGGAGUUGGCAUUGAAAAGAAUAAAGUUAAAGCUUUUUAUUGGUAUAAAAAAGCAGCUGAGCAAGAAUUUAGUGAAGCACAAAAUAAGUUAGGUUAUUGCUAUAAAGAAGGAAUUGGUAUUGAAAAAAAUGAAGUUAAAGCCCUUUAUUGGUAUCAACAAGCAGCAGAAAAUGAAAUUAAAGAUGCACAAUUUGAUUUGGGUGUAUGCUAUGAAAAAGGAAUUGGUAUUGAAAAGAACAAGGUUAAAGCUUUUUAUUGGUGUCAGAAAGCAGCAGAAAAUGGAGUUAAAGAAGCACAAUUUAAUCUAGGUAAUUGCUAUGGUAAUGGCAUUGGUAUUGUAAAAGAUGAAAAUUUAGAAAAAGCCUUUUAUUGGUAUCAAAAAGCAGCAAAAAAAGAUUAUAUUAAAGCAAUAAAUAGUUUAGCCAUAUGUUAUGAAAAUGGAGAAGGAACAGAAAAGAAUUUAGAGAAUGCCUUUUAUUGGUAUCAAAAAGCAGCAGAAAAAGGUAAUAAAGUUGCAAUGUUUAAUUUAGCCAUUUGUUUUGAAAAUGGAAAAGGAACAGAAAUGAAUUUAGAAAAAGCCUUUUAUUGGUAUAAAAAAGUAGCGGAAAAUGGCGAUAAAUAUGCAAUGAGGAGUUUAGCUGAAUGUUAUGAAAAUGGAAAAGGAACAGAAAAGAAUCUAGAAAAAGCAUUUUAUUGGUAUCAAAAAGCAGCAGAAAAUGGUAAUGAAAUUGCAAUGUUUAAUUUAGCCAUAUGUUAUAAAAAUGGAGAAGGAACAGAAGAGAAUUUAGAAAAAGCCUUUGAUUGGUAUCAAAAAGCAGCAGAAAACGGUAAUGAAGUUGCAAUGUUUAAUUUAGCUAAUAGAUAUUGUAGUGGAGAAGGAACAGAAAAAAAUUUAGAAAAAGCCUUUUAUUGGUAUCAAAAAUCAGCAGAAAAUGGAUAUAAGAAAGCACAAUUUAAUGUAGGUGUUUACUAUGAAAAAGGAAUUGGUAUUAAAAAAGAUAAAGCUAAAGCUUUUCAUUGGUAUCAAAAAGCAGCAGAAAAUGGAAUUAAAGAGGCACAAUUCAAUCUUGGUUUAUAUUAUGAAAAAGGAAUUGGUAUUGAAAAAGAUGAAGCUAAAGCCUUUUAUUGGUAUCAAAUAGCAGCAGAAAAUGGUAAUGAAGAUGCAAUGUUUAGUUUAGCCAUAUGUUAUGAAAAUGGAAAAGGAAAAGAAAAGAAUUUAGAAAAAUCUAUUUAUUGGUUCAAAAAAGCAGAAGGAAAUUUAAAUGCAACUGAAUGGAUUGAAAAUGCAUUAAAGUAUGAAAAAGUUAAAUUUAUAUCUUAUAAAGAACUAAAAGAGGUGGUGCCACUUCAGGCAGGGGGGUUUGGAAAAAUAUCAAAAGCAAUUUGGACUAAAACUAAUAAUUUUGUUAUUUGUAAAAAAUUGACUAAUACAACUCAUAUUAAGAAUGAUUUGUUGGAUGCAUUUAAACAUGAAUUAAAAAUGCAUCUGCACCUUAAUUAUGGUGAUAGAAUUAUACAAUUAUUUGGUAUUAGUUUAGAUCAAAAUACAAGUGAAUAUCAUCUAAUAAUGCAGUUUGCUAAUGGUGGAGAUCUUCAAAAUUAUCUCAAAGAAAAUUUUAUGAAUUUAACGUGGAAUGAUAAGAAAAAAUUAGCAUUUCAAAUUGCAGAUGGAUUAAAUUACUUACAUAAUGAAAAUAUUUUGCAUAGAGAUCUUCAUUCUAAGAAUAUAGUUAUUCAUAACAGUAAUGCUAAAAUUACAGAUUUUGGUAUUUCAAAAGAUCAAAAUAAUCAAACUUCAAUGGCUUAUAUUGGUAAUUUUGGCGUUAUUGCAUAUAUGGAACCAAAACGCCUUAUAAACCCGAAAUUUCCAUAUACUAAAUCUUCAGAUAUCUAUAGUUUCGGUGUAUUAAUGUGGGAGAUUUCUAGUGGGUUUCCUCCAUUUAAAGAUAAUGAUAAUAGAGUUGCGCUUGCAAUUUCCAUUAAUACUGGGAUUCGUGAAGUUACAGCUCUUGGUACUCCUGAAGAAUAUGGGAAGCUUUAUAAAAAUUGUUGGAAUCAAGAACCUGAACAAAGACCAACCAUUAAUGAAAUAUUAAAUGAAUUUGAAAAAAUGGGAUUUGGAAACAAUGUCACAAGUAAUUUAGUCGAAGAUAAUGAUAAUUUAACUUCGGAAUUGCAAGCUAGUGCCGAAUCUUCGGAAUGUGAUCAAUUAUCUUCAAAUUUACACAUUGAUUGGAAGAAUUUAUAGUACCAUUCAAACAAUUAGAUCCGACUUAAAUAUUUUUAAGUUGAUGUUAUAAAAAAUGAAUAAGUUGAUAGCCGAUGGUUGAUGGUCGAUAGGAAAAACCGAUUUGAUCAAGAAAUAGAUAUUAAUCUGUUGAUGAAGGCGGUAAAAAAUAUACGUGUUAUCUCUUACGUCUCGCCUAUUUCUUUCUUUUCUGACAUUAGAUUAUUCAAUAGUCUGUGCAAAAAAUCUUUGAAAAAUUUUGGAAAUUUUCCGAAAAGAUCCGGAAAUUCAUUUUUUUUGCAUCAAAACAUGUAACCAGAAUAAAAUUAAUUUUAUCGGAACCAAUAAAAUUCUU